UUAUUACACAAUUUAAUUAAAUUAAAAUGAUUUUUUUCUUUUUCUCUUUAUUUUUUACCCCCAAAAACUUUCUCUUUCUUUCCUCAAAAAUAGAAAACAAAAGCUCCAACCAAGAAAGAGGAGAGAGAGUUUGUUCUCUUAUAGUAGAUUUAGGGAGUUCUCGAGGGGGGGAAAAAUCCCAAAAACGCCGGCCGAUUCUCAUCCCGAGAUUUACCGCGGCAAGGUCGGAUUUUGAUGCAACUCCGGCCAUCUCCGUGGCAUUUCCCAACUGGGUUUCCAAUUUCUUGGGAUUUCAUUCUCUCUCCUGAGAGCAAUUUGAAAUCUUUGGAGACCUCUGGCUUAUCCAAUUUUGAUUCAUUAAUCAAUCUCUAUGAUCCCCAGACAAAAUUGUUCAAAUUACUAUUUUGGUCAGAAUGAUGGUUGAAUCUUUUGCUGAGGAUGAAGCUCAGGUGUUUGAUAUGAUGCCCAGGUGACAAGGGGUCACCUCGGUUUGGGCCCUUAUGGGCUGCAUUUGCUCCAAAGGGAUAAACAAAGAUGAAAUCCUAGCCGACAUCGAAUCCACCAAAUCUUCACGGCAAGUCGCCACCCCAUCGAAGGAAGUUGAGGGAUCAACACCUGACGUGGAGGCAAAUCCUGUACAUAGGGCUGCACCCCCGAGGUCCCUAUCAAAAAGAGUUUUAGACAUUGUGUCUGUUCCAGUUGUCGCUGCCAUCACGAGAGUGGCUAAUGGGCACCAGAGGAAUGUCACGGUUAACGCAGAGGAGCUAAACUCAAGAAAUGGGGAAGUCGCCAAUGGAGUUUCCACGGAGUAUGUGAUUGCUGGCUGGCCUUCUUGGUUGACAUCGGUUGCUGCUGAGGCGAUUAAAGGGUGGUUGCCUCGGAGAGCAGAGUCUUUCGAGAAAUUGGAUAAGAUUGGACAAGGAACUUAUAGUAGUGUAUACAGGGCCCGUGACCUUGAGACUGGAAAAAUUGUUGCACUUAAGAAAGUGCGAUUUGUUAAUAUGGAUCCUGAGAGUGUGCGCUUUAUGGCAAGGGAGAUCCAUAUUCUUCGUAAACUUGAUCACCCAAAUGUUAUUAAACUCGAAGGUAUAGUUACGUCACGAGUCUCAUGCAGCCUGUACCUUGUAUUUGAAUACAUGGAGCAUGAUCUUGCUGGGCUGAUAGCAACACCCGGUAUCAAGUUCACUGAGCCACAGGUCAAGUGUUUCAUGCAACAAUUACUCAGUGGGCUUGAUCACUGUCACAGUCGUGGGGUUUUGCAUAGAGAUAUCAAAGGUUCUAAUCUUCUAAUUGAUAGCAAUGGAGUUCUUAAAAUAGGAGAUUUUGGCCUUGCUUCAGUUUUUGGUCCAGCGAAAAAACAACCAAUGACUAGCCGUGUUGUAACACUAUGGUAUCGCCCUCCUGAACUUCUAUUGGGUGCAACUGUGUAUGGUGUGGCUGUUGAUUUGUGGAGUUCUGGUUGCAUUCUUGCAGAAUUAUUUGCUGGGAAGCCUAUUUUUCCAGGAAGAAAUGAGGUUGAACAAUUGCACAAAAUUUUCAAGCUUUGUGGAUCUCCAGCAGAGGACUACUGGAAAAAAGCAAACAUUUCACAAUCAACUAUUUUCAGACCUCAACAUCCAUAUCCACGUCGUGUUAAUGAGACAUUUAAAAAAUUUCCUUCUUCGACUUUAAAUCUAUUGGAUACACUACUUGCCAUAGAGCCAGAUGUAAGGGGAACAGCAACUUCUGCUCUUCAGAGUGAGUUUUUCACUACAGAGCCUCUUGCUUGUGAUCCUUCAAGUUUGCCUAAAUAUCCACCAAGCAAGGAGUAUGAUGCUAAGCUUCGAGACCAGGAAUCUAGGAGGCAAAAGGCAGCAAGUAAAGUUGGGACAGCUGAAGCUGGUGGAAGAGGAGAUUCCCAAGCACAACAACCACAAGAUUACAGUACAGGAGUCCAGAAACAAGCAAAUAUCAAUUACUCCAGAGAGAAUUACAAUCUUGCCAUUGAACCCCCUUCAGAAGAUGGGUAUCGGCACGCUGGAAGUACGAUGCACCCUGGUGCAUAUGGAAACUCAAGAAGUAAGAAUCCUAAGAAUGGGGAUCAUCGGAAUUUUCCUGGACGAUCAGUAAGUACUUUGAAGACAAACAAUGGUGCACAACUUAGAACACAGAGAUCAUAUAUAACUCAGCAUGGAGAUGCUGGAGACUUGGCAAGCUUUGCUGGCGUUUCGAGAAACACUGCAGGCUCGAGAUACAAUAGACCUGCUUCUAGCCACAGGAAAAAUGAUAGAGAAGGCAAGGAUUUUACAGUGGAUUAUGGAAUUAAAAACAAGAGAAUACACAAUUCUGGACCCUUGAUGGGUGCAGGUGGAAACAUGGAUAACAUGCUCAAAGAGCACGAGAGGCAAAUCCAACAGGCAGUAAGAAAAGCUUGCCUCGAUAAUAAAAAGACUUAGCAACACUACUGAGAAGAAACUUUUUUCUUAUCAGCAGUUCAAGAUGCCAGAGAGAAGAAACAUAACAAUCACAGGAAUUGUAAUUUCCUGUAGCUUGAAGUGCUCACAUUGAUCCUAUUUGGAAAGUCUCUCUCAAACUGUAAAUCUUGAAUCCGUUCUCCCAAUUGUAAAUGUAUGUUCUAUAUGAAUUUUUGACAAGGGACUGAUGAUCUGUGUUCGAGGAUGGUGACGGGGCUUUUUUUAAGUAUACAUGUACAGAUCGAGGCGAGGAUUAAACUGUGGAAAGCCAGAUUUUUUUUUGGAUAAGUAACAGGAAUUUAAAGAAGUUGUGCUUACAAACUUUGUUAGUAUAUAUCAAAAAUUUCCUUUUCAUUGUAGUA